CAAAAUUUUUACAUUACUUCUAUAUCCUCCAAUGACGUUUUUGGAUUUUUAAGGACUAUUGGUCUCUCUCUCUCUGUAUAUGUGUCUCUGUUCAGUACUUGAAUUUUUAGUCCUAUCUCUCUCUCUGCAAUUAAGAGAGAGAAAGCGCGGGACAUUGAAAAACUAUUUUCAUGGGGGUCUAAAAACUCUAAAAACUACUAGUUUAUAAUUAGCCUUCAAACAAAAACAAAAACAAAAAAAAAUAGCCUUCACCCAUUGAAAAAUCUCAAUCCUUUUUCCCGCCAAAAACUCGAAUUCCAAGCAUGACCCAGAUGGUUAAUCGAAAGCAAAAAAAGUUUACAAAACAGAGUGUGAUUUGGUUUUUAGGGUUUGAAUUCGAAAUCCAAUGGCAGGGUGGUCGAUGCUUGCUGAUGGGUCUGCUUUAGAUUGCGUCAAAACCCCAGAAAAGAAGCUAAAGCAAAAAGAUUUCUGGGUCGAUCUAAAACCGGGUUCCAAUGGAUCCGAUAUCCAACUAGAUUCCGAUAAGCUUCGAUGCGAGUUCGAAGGGUUUCUUCAACGUUUUGGCAAGGAGAUCUGCGGUCGAGACUGUGUUCGGCCUCUACCUCCAAUGCUUGGAGAUGGGCAGCGUGUGGAUUUGCUUAAGCUUUUGUUUGCUGUGAGAGAGAAUGGUGGGUACAGCGUUGUUUCUGAAGAGGGGUUGUGGGAUUUGGUGGCAUUAGAAUCGGGGUUGUUGGGUCCGAAUCUGGGCUCGACUUUGAAAUUGAUUUACAUCAAGUAUUUGGAUCUGCUGGAGAGAUGGUUGAAGAGGGUUUUUGAUGAUAAGGAGCAUUUGAUGGAGUUUCAGGAUCAGAUUAAAGAUUUUUUAGCCAAGGUUCCGGAUCAGAAGAAGAAGAGGAAGGAUGAGGAUUAUCCGAAUUUGGAAUUAGAGUUUAAGGAGUUGAAGUCACGUGCUGAUGGUGAGGGAUUGUUGGCUUUGGAUUCAAAGAAGAAUGUUGAGAAAAUUAGUGAUGGUAAGAAAGGGGUGAUAGUGUUGGAUGGGGACGUGAAUGGUGUUAGCCAUGAGGAUGAGAAAAAGGCGUGUAUUGAUUUGAGUGAGUGUGUAGUGAAUUUACAAGACAAUGGAAAAUUAUUUGACAAUGACGAGAUUGAGGGUGUGGUGAUGCGUUUAGAUGGAGGCAGUAAAUGUGAUGAUGUAGUGAUUUUGGAUGCGACUACUGAGGAGGAGGGGAGUUUUUGUCGUAAGAGGAAGCGGGAGUCUUUAUGUGGAUUGCUAAACUGGGUUGUGGGGGUGGCAAAGGAUCCUUGUGAUCCAGCUGUUGGUUCAGUACCGGAAUGGUCUGUGUGGAAGUCUCAUGGGAAGGAGGAGAUGUGGAAGCAGGUUUUGUUGGCUCGAGAGGCCAUCUUCCUGAAAAGACAAGUGGAAUCAAGCGCCGACCAAUGGCAGAAAACUCAGAAGAUGCAUCCAUGCAUGUAUGACGAUCAACAUGGGUCAAAUUACAAUCUUAGAGAGAGAUUCAAAUGUCGCAAGAAGCUUCUUUCUGAGAAAACAAUGUCUCAAGGACGAGCUUGUUCAGAGUCCUCAUCAGCCUCUCAAAGUGAGUUGGACAAAAAUCCUUGUACAGAAGGAAUGGAAGAUGGAUUGGACAAACAUUUGCCUGGAACCUCUGAUACGUCCACAGCAGAUUCAGCAAUUGACAAAUAUGCUUCAGCACUAGAGAAAUAUGUCCCAAAGCGCAUUCCUUAUGGGCCACGUUUUGAAGCUAAUGUGCCAGAAUGGACUGGUGUGGCUUCUGAAAGUGACCCUAAGUGGUUGGGGACCCAGGUCUGGCCUUUGGAAAAAGGAGAGCACAGAUAUCUCAUUGAAAGGGAUCCUAUUGGUAAGGGAAGACAAGAUUCAUGUGGCUGUGAAGUGCCUGGUUCCAUUGGAUGUGUCAAGUUUCACAUUGCUGAGAAAAGGUUGAGAGUGAAGUUGGAGCUGGGCUCAGCUUUCUACCGAUGGAAAUUUGAUAGGAUGGGUGAGGAAGUUAAAAUUUCUUGGACUGCGGAAGAAGAAAAGAAAUUUGAGGCUAUACUGAGGUCAACUCCUCCUCCUCUUCAGAAGUGUUUCUGGGAUCAAAUUUUUAAAAUUUUUCCUACCAAGAGCAGAGCUGAUUUGGUGAGCUACUAUUUCAAUGUAUAUCUUCUGCAGCGCAGAGGAUAUCAGAAUAGAGUUACUCCAAAUAACAUUGACAGCGAUGAUGAAGAAGAAUCUGGAUUAGUAACUAAUGGUAAUGGGCAUGAGGCAGACAAGUCACCAUACUCCAUCUUGUAUUCCCCAAAGAAACCAUAUGCCAAUUUUAGAUAGCUUUUGAACGUCGAUUACAAUCAAGUGAUUUAGUGAGAACAUGAAGUCUGGAAGUUUUUGUUCUACUUUUGGUGAUUUUCAAUAUAAACAACCUUUUGUCUGCUGUCAGUGCAGAAUCAGCACUAAGUGAAUAUGAAUAUCCUAUAGAUUGAGGAGAAAUUUUGAAGAAAAAGCUGACACAUGGUGGUGGAUGUUGCUAACUGUAGAGGUUCAAGCAGCUCUGGUGCUGUUGAAGUUCUCUUGGUUUGCGUGAUUUUGGUUUUUACGAUAUGUUUUGUCUAUUCAUCAUGAUUUAGAACCUACAAAAAAUACAGGUACUUGCACUUCUGUUAUCUUUUUUUUCACUAGGAUUUUGACAGCAAGGCUGACUAAGAAUUGAAGCCUUACGAGUAUAGUGGAAGAAAUUAGAAACAUGGUGUUCUGGAAUCUGAAUUGUAGUCUCUCAUCUAUGGGGGUAGAUGCUCGUGCUAUCAUGAGGGUUUUUUACAUGGUAUAGUAAUUGAUUUCUCAUUUGCAAUUUUA